ACAGCAAUAGCUGCUUUAGAAAUUGUGAGGAUGGUUUGUAAACUUUGAAGAAUUACUGUGACAAUCCAUGAGUUGAUUCAACGUCGCACCUAGUCGUUUUAGCAAGUGGCACCUCUAGGGGCGCUGUAGCCCUUUGGCCAAAUGCUUUUAAUGGACAAACAUGGCGGUGAUGCCAGUUUCCGGGGAGUUCCGGGCCAGGUCGAUGGCGCGGUACAGUGCCAUGCUUCAAGCUAGCAAUGCUUCGGUGAGCUGUUUUCGACUGCGUGUCAACUGCGCUUAGUUGUACUCGCUUGUUGUAAUGCUAGGACCGCACGAGGAGCGAUUCGUGUCAAACGUGUCCACACUAACGCAUCCGCGAUGGACCCUUGAGCUUUGCUUUGGAUUCUGUGUCGACGGUUCUGACAACAUGAUGCAGGCAAAUAUUUCAAGAUGGAUGUACCGUCAAAGAAAAAGCUACAAAUUCAAUUCUAACAUAUGAAAUGUGCAUGUAAGCGCUUUUCCCGGACUUGCUGGGACAACUGCGUGCGAUACGUGUUCGACUUUUCGCCGUAGAGACAGGAAAUGCCGCAGAGAGUGAGAGCAGAUUCGGUAGGUUUCAAGACUGGCCUCCGGUUUUACUUUGAAAGUCUUUCUGGCGUCCCGUGCGCUUCCUGUGGCAGACAUGGGCAAGGUGUACUCGCAGCCAGCCUGUCAGUUGGCAUACGACGGCGACGUUCAGCAGCUGUUCGCCGCUGUGUCCCGCAACCCGAGCGACGUGGACACGCGGGAUGACGUCACUGGCGACACGCCACUCAUCGCCGCCUGUCGCCGUGGUCACCUGAACGCAGUCGCGUUCCUGUUGGAGAGCCACGCAGACGCGCGCACGCGCAACAAGUUGCAGAAGCGGCGGCGUAACGAGGCUCUGAUGAAGGCCGUUCUGGACAGCGACGUGGACGUCAAUGCGGCCGACUACGUACGUUCUCCACGCCGCCGCUUGCGCGACCUCGGCUGUGACCUUUUCUCUGUGCGCGCCCCCACGCAGAAAGGCAACACCGCUCUUCACUAUGUUUGUCUGAGGAAGCGACAGCAUUUAGUUCCUCUGCUGCUCCUCAGGGAUGCCGACCCUCUCGUCAAGAACCACGACGGUGAGUCGGCGCUGGACGUGGCCAUGAGGUUAAAGUUCACCAAGGUGGUGAGGCUGCUGAGGAAGUCGCAAUGACGCACGCAAUGCGCAUCUGGACUUGAGGGUGGAUUUGCUGACCCCCCCCCGCGGUGUGAGGCGAUAACAGCAGUCUUGUCACUUGCUCCCAUUUUGCUUGUUGCAUUUCUGACUUUGUUCAAAUUGACAGCUUUCUUCCAAGGUUUUUCUGAUUCACGUUUUUUUUUUUUUUUUUUGGGCCAGCUCACGGUCAUCAGCGGUGACACAAAGAUAAAGUUUGUCUCAAAAGCAA